ACCUGUAACAGUUAUUGCGAAAUAACAGCGUAUUUUACAAUAUGGACUGAAAAUUGCAAAAUUUAAAACAAAAGGAACGAGCGUCUACGCCAACUGUUGAUUUCAAACAGCGAUUAAAUCCUGAAAUUGUAGAUCUAAUAUUAUUUUGAGACAUAGAAACGGCCAUUACCAACUCAAUACCUACAUCUUAUCAAGUGGAUUUAAUUCCACUGAGGACAGUACUAGUUGUACGAAGGACCUUAAAAACAAGACCAUGAAGCGCCGAUUGGUAGAGAAACUUUUUAACUUGGUCGGUUUGUGCAUUGCAAUAAGAAGUGCCAAAGGUUUGAUGUGUUUGAGAUGUUCCGAUGUUACUGAACCCAGACUGUGCAACAAAAUUGAACACUGUCAGGACGGAGAGGUAUGUGCAGUGCAGCAGUACCGGGCAGACAAUGGAGACAUAGGCUACUGGACAGGAUGCUAUCCGAAACAGGAAUGUGCUGCUGUGGACAAUAGAACAGUGGUCAGUACCAAGAGAAGUCAGUACAUAGACGGCGUAGUUCAGUGCAGAGACUGUUGUACUUCAGAUAUCUGUAACGCUUACGGCUGUGGCUCUCCAAAAUACCCAGCCACCCGGGGACCGAUUUGUUUUGACUGUGAGAAUGUGUCGGAUCCAAGGGAUUGCCAUACAGUAACUCCCUGUAACCUCAACCAAAAAUGUUUUAUUCACGAAAAAUCCAUCUUUGGAAAAAGGUAUUUCACUUCCAAAUGCGAAUCUAUAAUGGGUUGUCUCCCCCAUUUUACGGGUCCUGUGGUCGGUAGAAGGCGUGACCUGUCGGGGCUGUGUAUUCACUGCUGUGACGGUGAUCUGUGUAAUUCUGACUGUUCUACAGCGUCCAACGCCACCGUCAACAACGUCAACAAACCAGUAAUGCCAGAUCACGUUGCCUUCCACGCUGUCGCCUACAGUCCUACAAGUAACGCUGUGGUUAUUUUUGACUACGUGAUUACAAACGUCGGCGGGGGAUACGACAACACCACAGGAGUGUUUACUGUACCUACCCCCGGACUGUAUGUAUUUUCCUGGACCAUAGAGACGUACGGCCAAAGAACAGAAGCCGUGCUUCUUGUGAAUGGUGUACAACAAGCAUUGUCAAGGGCCGACCAAGCGUCCUCAUAUUACGACACGACAACUUCUUUUACUGUUCUAAAACUCAGUUUAGGCGAUGAAGUAAAAGUCAAGGUCACAAAGGGAAACGCGCUAGCAAAGCAUACUUUGUUCUCAGGCUGGAAGAUUAACAAAACUGAAGAUGCAGCGUUUUCUGUGUCCCUGUCUCGAGAAGUUACUGGCAGUACCAUAGUCUUUGACAACGAAACCUUGGACACAGACAGCGCAUACUCCACCUCCACCGGAAGAUUCGUUGCACCUCGUUCUGGUCUUUACGUUUUCAUGAUGUCGGGUAGUACCUCUGGAAACUAUGAGUACAGCUGUAAACUUCACUUCAGUAACGGUGAAUCUCAACCGGAUGUGUGGGUAGACUCAGCCAGCAGCCUCUAUGAUAGUAGCAGUUUAAUGAGUUUUGGAUGGUUGAAUGCCGGUGAAUAUGUGAAUUCCGAAGCCAGUAGAAUGGCCAGCCAUUCCGUGUUUGCGGGCUGGCAGCUGAUAGAUGACUCAAGCGUUAAUAAAACAACCUACCCCCUAUUCCUUGCCCACCUUUACUCCGACUCUUCGAGAAGUCCUGUCGUAUUUAGCAGGAUUUACUCUAGCUAUCACCAUGGUUACUCGGGUAGCACUGGUAUUUUUACGGCAGAUCGAGAUGGAAUUUACAUAUUUCUUUACAACAUAGAGGCUAAUCGGGGACUAGUUCGGACUGAUUUGAGGGUCAAUGGAGUAGAAAAGUUCGAGACGAGAUCUGAUGGACGCCAUUCUGGUUAUGACGACACUUCCGCAGUGGCUGUUUUAGAAUUGUCGUCCAAUGAUCAAGUCUCAGUUGGAGUUAAAUACGGGACGGUGGAUGGGGGACAAUCACUUUUCUUUGGUACACUGCUUACUGAAACAUAAUAAUGUAGUUUUGUAACCUUGGAAAAUUAACAAGGUUGCCAUAAUCUUUAAAAAUCCUUUUUUUAAAAUAUGUGGGUAAACUGUUCAUAAAUAAUAUGAAAAAUGAACUUUCUUUAAAAGUAUAAUUAUUUCUUUUACUUAUGUAAGGAAUUUUUUAAAGCUAACAAACAUGCAUGUAAACUAGCUGUUGUUUGUGCUUCCUCAAUAAAUGGACCAUAAGAAAAUAAAAAUAUUUGUUUGCACUUUUUAGUUU